AUGCAAACCAACCCGGCCAGAUCAGUCGACUCAAAUCGCGAAACAUCUUCUCCAAAUAUCUUAAAUAACGACGCUGGUAUGCGGCAUCUUGACAGCUCUGACGCCCUUGACGAGAAGCCUAAAAGAGGCUUUCGGUUUUGGGCCAUUAUUAUCGCGCUCUGUACGGUCUCUUUGCUCUCUGCCGCCGAGAAUACUGUUGUCGUCACCGCCCUACCUACGAUUGUCGAGAAGCUUAAUGUCGGCCAGGACUACGUGUGGAUUAGCAAUGUCUUCUUCCUAACUAGCGCGGCUAUCCAGCCUUUAUGCGGGCAAUUAUCCAACCUCUUUGGGCGACGUCACUUAGCUCUGUCUAUUGUCGCCAUCUAUAUCAUAGGCAGCGGGAUAUGCGGUGGAGCAAAAAACUCGGCUAUGUUAAUCGCCGGAAGAGCGAUCCAGGGCAUGGGCUCAGGCGGUAUUAACAUGAUCAUCGAUGUCAUUGUAUCGGAUCUCGUCCCAUUAAGGCAGCGCGGCAAUUUCAUCGCAAUAAUCAUAGCCAUAUACGGCAUUGGGACGACUCUAGGUCCAUUCCUGGGUGGUGUUAUCGUCGAAAACACAUCGUGGAGAUGGGUGUUUUAUAUAAACUUGCCUAUUGGCGGUUUAGCAUUCAUACUCUUAUUUUUAUUUCUCCGCGUUAAAUGGGAUAGAUCUACCACAGCUUACGAGAAAAUUCGGCAAAUUGACUAUAUCGGCAAUGGCAUUUUAAUUUCAUCCACAGUGUCUAUUCUAAUCGCUCUGACCUGGGCGGAUGUGUUAUAUCCUUGGAAGUCAUGGCAUAUCCUGGUACCCCUGAUGAUUGGGGUUGGCGGCCUUGUGUUAUUCGUCGUCUUUGAAGCCUUGCCCUUUGUAGCAGAGCCAGUCAUGCCCCUUCGUUUAUUUAGCAAUCGUACUGCUGUCAUCGUAUAUGUUAUCUCCUUUUUGAACUCGGCUGAGAAUUACUGGCAGUUCUUUUUCAUUCCGCUCUACUUUCAAGGCGUUCGGUUAUCCUCGCCCUCGCAGUCCGGCGUGGAAUUGCUAGUAUAUAGUCUCGUGGGGAUACCGGGGGCAGCUGUCGCACUAUUGAUGCUGUCUAGAUGGGGUAGAUACAAGAUCAUUCACAUUAUCGGCUCUGCCAUGUUCACCCUUGGGGUAGGCCUCCUUAGUAUCAUGGACCAAAACACCAGCACGGCGGCUUGGAUCUGGAUCAACAUAGUAACAGCACUGGGCACUAGCAUGCUCACGAAUACAUUACUCCCUGCUUUUCAAGCCUCGCUCAGAGAAACAGACCAGGCGGCUGCUACGGCAAGCUGGAAUUUUAUCCGAAGUUUCGGCAAUGUAUGGGGCGUGGCAAUCGCGGCGGCUAUCUUCAACAGCUUUACCGCAUCGUACGCGCCAAUGGUCGAGGACCCCAGAGCCAGGGCGUUGUUGAUGUCGGGGAAUUCGUAUGCAAGCGCGACAAAGGCAUUCGUGGAAUCGUUCGAGGAACCUGUAAGGCAACAAAUCAGGACCGUAUUCACGCUGUCCCUUCAGAGGGUGUUCCUGAUUGGAGUACCACUCUCCGGGUUUGUCUUUCUCUCAGUUCUCUUUGAAAAAGAAAUCAAGUUGAGAACAGAGUUAAAGACUGAAUUUGGUCUCGAAGGACGAGAUACCACUGAAUAA